CGCGCUGGACAUCGAUGCGGACAACAAACCGGGAAAGGCAUCGGUCUAAUGCCUCCUAAGAACAACCUCAACGCGCAAAUCAAGUGGUUGCUGGCUGAGAAGCCAUUCAUCCCGCCUGCGCAGCCCAUCGUUGCAUAUGAUACAAACGCACCCGAAAGCUCUGCAACCGGUCUGAUAACUGCAUCACAACUCACGCUAUCCCAAGGAAUCCUAGAAUUUGAACCGAACAAUGCGCCCGUGCCUGCACCUGCACCCCCAGUUACGCUCCCCGGAAUCGCCACAACUCGCUCGGCGAGCUAUACAGUCGAUAUACACAAGCCAAUCCCCUCGCAGAUUGCAGACCCUGAUAUGGCGAGGCUACGAGCUACACCCGGGAGUGGAAGACCUCGGCUUAUGCUAGCAGGUGGACAGUCAUACAACUCGGUGCCCACCUUGUCGUUACGUACACAGGUUUCUGGGAAUGCGACACCAACCACGACGCAGCGGGCGGCCCACACGCGACAGGCGGAGCCAGACGAAGUAGAGUCAAUAGAUCUUACUUCUCCGCCGUCCAGUAUUAAAGGCAAAAAGAGGAAGAGCGAAGAAUUUGAGCAAGACUGGCAGCAGCGCGUACCUCCUAGAUCGGCUAAAGCCUUGAUACCUGCCAAUGGCACAGGAGGAAUCGAAGAUUUUGCACACAUAGAUGAUCUGGCAACCGUCCCGGAAAGCCCACCGCCACCGUAUUCCACUACUCUCCCAGUCUCUCGGUUGGCACAGUCAAGGCAGCCGGAGAGCGCGACUAUCAAUGAUGAAGAUGAGGAUCAUCAUCAUUUGUUCUCUGAUGAGGAUUCACUCAUGCUAGACGCGGAAGCUGAGGCUACUCCGAGCAAUCGUAAACGCAAAUCGCUGAGUCGGGCUCCUUCCGAAAUACCUGCCCCUGCGCGGAAAAUUGGAAAGCAUGAUCGUAGCCCAUCACCAAGAAAAGUUUUAGGCAUCAAGGUAGAAAAUGCAUCUAAUGGAACUCAACCGUCACAAAGUUAUCAGCGCAGAAACCGGGUUGCAGUAAUGGAUUCGGAGGACGAUGAAGACGGUGUGUUCGAUCAGGUUCAUGUGAACCCUAAAUUUGAGCCGGUAUCAUCACAUCGGCCGCCCUCAACUAGAGCACAAACACCUCAGGAAAUUGCGGAAAGGAAUGCCACUACGGUUCAAUCACCUCCCAAGCUACUAGCCAGGUCUACAGUUUCACGGAACAACACUACGUCAUUGGUCACUCGUGACGCAUCUGCAUCACCAGGAAAGCUUCACAGAUCAUCCCAAAAACUGCAGUCUACUCCAUCAUCGACACUCGUGAAACUUCCUUCGGCACCCCUCGCUUCCGAAUUGUCAAAGGAAAAGAAGGAUUUGAUGCGGCGUACUGUCGAAGCUUUUUUCGACAGCGAUGGCUUCCGUCUAAAAAAUCAUCUGGACGCCGCUACCUCCAGCUGGUCAAAACUAAAAAUAGCGUUGAUGGAGCAAUUGGAAUCAGGUGCUGAUUCAUCCGAUAUCAAUGAUCGCGUCAAGCGUGCUCAUGCGAAAAAGACUGCUCUGGACAAGAUAAUCACAACUAAGGCUACAUACGAGACUCUGGUCGCAAAGCGCCAGGAAAUUCGGACGAAAAUUGAUGUGGGACUUAAUACUGAUGGGGAGUUUGAUCCAGCUGAUGGCGAGGCGCUCAAAGAAGUCUUCAAAAAACUUGAGGAAAUGAACAUCAAUGUCUAUCAUCUGCUCGAACCCGCAGGGAUGAAUAAGUAUUUAGAGUCACCAGUACCAGUGCCAGGAUCCAGCAACGAGCAUACUGGGAUCAUUGUCAAGUCGACACAGGCUCCUUCGGUUACCCAUAAACAAAAAGAUAUGCAGGCGUCGGGCUCUGGUCAUGUACCGCAAACACAGUAUUCGAAGCGGAAUAAUCCUCCAGCUGGAGAUCUAUGGACGCCCCGCCACCAGAUACGUUUUGCAGAUGAGCCUGAUGUGGAAUCACCGCCUCCCAAGGUUAGUUGGGCCACCAAAGCUCAAGAACAAGCUCCUGUAUCCAAGGGCACACUGGAAAGCAGAUCACACCGUAUACCAGAAACUCCAAGGCGUGAACGCAUACGAGCGACACCUGCAAUUCACAACGAGGACGGAUUCGGUUUUGAUUUUGAUGAACCUGAUUCCCGUAUUUUUAACACAACUACAAUGGGGCCUGCGCCAGAUCGCAAUGAGAUAGACAUGGAAGAUUAUUCAUUAGGUGGUGACGAGGAGAAUUUUCUAGGUGAGGAUGAUGACGAUGACGACGCCCUCAUCGAAAUGAGCAACAUCCCAAAUCGCCCGGCGGGCGCUUAUGAUUGGAAAGGGGAUUGGGUGGACAGUCAAAGCCACCUGAGCUCUCGACAUGCUCUUAAAGAGACAUCGAACAACCCGGUAUCGCAGCGCAAUCAUCCUCAAUCACCAAAAAAGCCACAUCUGAAUAUGCCUGGGAUGCAGCAUCCUUGGUCCAGGGAUGUGAGGGACAUGUUGCUUCAUAGAUUUCACCUCCGAGGGUUUAGACCAGGGCAACUUGAUGCUAUCAAUACGACAUUGGGUGGUGAACAUUGCUUCGUACUUAUGCCGACUGGUGGUGGCAAAUCGCUUUGUUAUCAACUUCCUUCUGUUGUCAAUUCUGGAAAGACCAAGGGUGUGACCAUCGUCGUUUCGCCUUUGCUAAGCUUGAUGGAAGAUCAGGUGACGGCUUGCAAAGAGCGGUUCCAUAUGCAAGCUUUUUUGAUUAAUGGAGAAUCAACGGCUGCCGAGAAGAAUCUCAUCAUGGAUGGAUUGAGAGAGCGGGAGCCUGAGAAGUUCAUUCAGUUGCUCUAUGUCACUCCAGAGAUGUUGGGCAAGAAUCAGCGGAUGAUUUCAGCGCUGGAACAACUGCAUCAGCGCAACCGCCUAGCUCGUAUUGUCAUCGACGAAGCACAUUGCGUCAGUCAAUGGGGUCAUGAUUUCAGACCCGACUACAAGCUGUUAGGAGACGUCAUUCACCGAUUUUCAGGGGUGCCCAUUCUCGCUCUGACAGCUACUGCGACUCCGCUUGUGCGGACAGAUGUUAUGGCUAAUCUUGGUAUCCGUGGCGGUCGUUUGUUUUCACAGAGCUUCAACCGACCAAAUUUAUCAUACGAGGUCAAAGCCAAAGCCAAAGGCAUAGUCGAUAAUAUCGCUGAGCUGAUAAAAGCUCGAUAUCCCGGCAAGUCAGGCAUUGUAUACUGUUUGUCCCGGAAAAACUGCGAGUCAGUUGCAAAGAAGUUGACCGAACUCGGCAUCAAAGCUUACCAUUAUCAUGCUGGUAUGGCCUCUGCUGAACGAUCCGAUGUGCAGAUCAAGUGGCAGUCCAACGAAUAUAAUGUCAUUGUUGCCACGAUCGCGUUCGGUAUGGGCAUUGAUAAAGCAGACGUCCGAUUUGUCAUGCAUCACACGAUCCCAAAAAGUCUUGAAGGAUAUUACCAGGAGACUGGCCGAGCAGGCAGGGAUGGAAAACGGUCGGAGUGCUAUCUCUACUAUCAAUACGCCGAUACCAUAUCGUUGAAAAAAAUGAUCGAAGACGGCGAUGGCAACAUGGAACAGAAACAACGUCAGCGCGAUAUGCUUCGGCAAGUCGUUCAAUUCUGUGAGAACCGGAGCGAUUGUCGCCGUGCACAGGUCUUAGGUUAUUUUGACGAACGAUUCAACAGGGAAGAUUGUAAUAAUACUUGUGACAAUUGCAAGUCGGAUGCGACCUUUGUGGAGAAGGAUCUGUCGGAAUAUGCCGCAGCAGCAAUAAGAUUGGUGAAGCAGGUAGAAUCCUCCGAGGUCACUCUACUACAAUGUGUCGAUGCUUUCCGAGGGGCGAAGAAUGCGAAGCUGAAGGGGGCUAACUUAGGAGAUUGUUAUGGUUUCGGUCAGGGCUUGGAACGAGAGAACGUGGAGCGUGUGUUUACACAUUUGAUCGAAGCUCAGGCUUUGAGGCACGAGAGCAAGUCGAACAAAGCUGGGUGGGCCAUCAGCUACAUCCGCCUCGGGCCCAAGGCUUAUGAUUACGAAAGACGCAAGAAGCAGUUCACGAUGCAAAUCCGGGUGACACCUCGUAAACCACAAACCAAAGCGCCGAAAAAGAAGGGCGUGAAAGCUCGAGCGGAGUACCCCUCCACCAAUGUUUCAUCUCCCAUUCGGCCAGUUGUAAAACGUAACAUCAGAGACUAUGCGUACAGUCUGCCACGGGAAGAUGACGAUGACGAUGAUUAUUAUGAAGAUGCCUCUCGUGCGAGUCGCACAAACAGGCAAAGAGCCCGUGGAGUCAACAAGGACGAGGAUGUGGAUGACUAUGGCUUUGCACCGAUCCGUGUGGCCAAAACUUCAGGUGCAACCACGCGUACCUCAAAAAAGCCGCGUGGGCCUCCAAUUACCGUCGAUCAACGGAUUGCAGGGCUCAGUGAUGUGCAAAAAGAUGUCCUGGAGCACUUCAUGACCGAAGCGAAAAAGAUUACAAAUCAGCUCAAGAUGAACAAGCCCAUGCGAUAUGCGCCAUUCUCCGACAUGGUUCUGCGGGAAAUGGGUCUUGAUCUUCCAGAAGAUGAGAAUGCAAUGCUAGCGUUGCCUCAAAUCAAACCUGAGAUGGUCAAACUUUUCGGGAAACCGUUCCUAGAUCUGAUUGCGAAAAUAAAGAACUUUUAUGAAGGCACAGGAGGAGCACCCCAACCGUCACAAGUUUUGUAUGACAACGACGAUGACGAUGAUGGACUAGUAAUGGAUCCCAACCACGAAAAUGUUAUUGAUCUCUGCGAUGACAGCGAAGAAGAGGGAGGAACCGAAGGAGCGGCAGUCGGGGAUGAUAAUUCGACAUCGUACUCCGACUCAGAUAUCGACAACUUUGACGACGACGACGAUGGCGAAGAACAAGUUAGUCAUUUUUUCAAAGGUUCCGUCGAUCCAAGCGUUGAAAGUUUCAACAAUCGCUACGUCCAACUCGAAUCUCAGCGCCCCAACCCAAAGCCAAAACCUCCCGCUGGCGCAUCGUUACGAGGUGCUGGAUCCUCUAGCACUUCCACCAAACCACCGUUCAAGAAGAAGAAGACAUGGCGCAAGAAAGGAUCGACUGGCUAUAGUCGGAGUGGAGGAUCUGGUGGGGUGAAGAAGGCGACGGCCAGGAAGUCUGGUGGGAAUGUGGGGAGCUCCAAAAAGGCUUCGACUUCCACAACGGGCAGAGGAGGCGGUGGUAUCGCAGCGAUGCCUACUUGA